CAAAGUCCCCCAAGUCGCCACAAUCCCGAGUGGGCCGGAGGUGCGGGCCCCGAGUCAUUCUGCUGGGAGAGGUGCCGCUGCAAGAGUUCACAACUUCUCACACCCCCGUGGGCCGUCUGACGGCCCUCUGGCCCUGCGCGGUUCGCCAUUGCGGACGCGCCGAGAUCGCCUCGGCAGAUGUCUCGUAUGACCAAUUCGCCCUGCGCGGGUUCCAGUGAGGUUGACGAGGCCGAUCGCGGCGUGGUCUGGGUGGAUUAUAUCAAGAAAUCUGGUCCCCCCCAAGGAUAGAAUGACUCUGAGUCUUGAAUGAGAGAGAUUUUCUACCGUUUCCCUCUCUUCGUCUCUCACCUGAACGUCCGUCGUGGUUCUCUCCAUUCCUGAACCACUUCUCAACUUCAUCCUGCUUCUUCUUCACGAUCUGUGACCAGAUCACGCAGGACGACGGACGGACUUACUGACGGCUUCAACGCGUCAGAUACAGCCAGCAGUAACCAGCAUUACACACCUGCGUGUGUAUAGAGACAGCAUGGGCAACGCCGCAGAAGUCACCAACAGCCCCGAGAUGACGGAGGCUCAGAACCAGGCCAAGAGGGAUGUCGGCGAUCGUGAGGAGGCCGCGCCGGCCUACGUGCCCGCGACGGCGGAGGAGCACAACAGUGUCCUCACGGGAGAGGACGGUGAACUGAUCGACUACAAGACUCUCACCUGGUGGCAAGGCGGCAUCGUCCUCAUCGCCGAGACCGUGUCCCUGGGCAUUCUCUCGCUGCCCUCCGUUCUGGCGACUGUCGGUCUCGUCCCCGGCAUUGUCCUCAUCCUCGUCAUGAGCUUCCUGUCGACGUACUCAGGUCUCGUCCUCGCUGAGUUCCGCAACGAGUACCCCUUUGUGCAAAACUUUGGUGACGCCGUCGAGGUCAUUGGCAAGUCCAUUGGCAUGGGCGCCGUCUUCCAGGAGGUCUUUGGCUGGGCGCAGGUUAUCUUUCAGGUCUUCGUCAUGGGCAGCCACUUGUUGACCUGGACCAUCUGCCUCAACACCCUGACCAACUCGUCUACCUGCACCAUCGUGUGGGCCGUCGUCGGUUUGGCUGUUUUCGCUGUGCUCAACUUCCCGAGAACGCUCAAGUACACCAGUUACAUGUCCAUGGCUUCAUGCUUGUCCAUCACUCUAGCCGUCCUCAUGACCCUCGGUGACGUCGCCGUCUCCCGCCCCAUCGGCUCCGGCAGCAUCGAAGUCGCCCGCCAGCUUGGCUUCACCGGCGCUUUCCUUGCCGUGACCAACAUCGCCAUCGCUUUCUCGAGUCACUCCUGCUUCUUCAGCGUCAUCGGCGAGUUCAAGAAGCCCGAGGACUGGCCCAAGGCCCUGGCCCUCCUCCAGAUCGCGGACACGACGCUCUACCUGCUCGCCGCCAUCGUCAUCUACGUCUUUGUCGGCCCGGACGUCCCCUCGCCCGCCCUCUCCGCUGCCGGCUCCAAGACGAUGCGUAAGGCCAUCUGGGGCAUCGCCAUCCCGACCAUCGUCAUCGCUGGUGUCAUCUACGGCCACGUUGCCGCAAAGUACAUCUUCUCGCGCCUGUUCCGCAACACGAAGCACAUGAUUCGCCGUACGAAGCUCUCCGGCAUCGCAUGGAUCGGCAUUGUCGUCGGCAUCUGGGCCCUGUCCAUGGUCAUUGCCGAGUCUAUCCCUGUGUUCAACUCGCUGCUCGGCCUCAUCUGCGCACUGUUCGCCUCGUGGUUCUCGUACGGUCUUCCCGGCAUCUUCUGGCUGUGGAUGCACUACGGCAACUGGUUCAAGGACGGAAAGCAGACGUGCAAGUUCGUGGCCAAUGUUAUCCUGUUCCUCACGGGCUUCCUCAUCUGCGUGCUCGGUCUGUGGGCGUCUAUCGAGUCGAUUGCGAAUGAGAAGGGCACCAAGCCGUGGACGUGUGCUUCCAACGCCGCGCGAUGAGAAGUAGGCAUUGUUAUUAGUUAUCGCAACAUCUAAUGAAUAUAAUAUGUUGAUUAUGGAC